CUUCUGUUUUGCCACUGCUAGUACGACUUGUUUCCUUCCUUGUCCUGAUUUGACUUUUGGCCAUGUUGUGAACCAACAAUACCUGGAGGUUAACAUCAUCAAGUCGAUAUAUCCAUAACCCCAACAUCCACCCCCCAAUGCCUCGAGGGACCAAAUACAACCCGAGAGCAGCGAUGCUUCUCCCAGAGGGACUGCUGCCAAUGCUGGCACUCUUCCUAUCCACAAGCCCCAUUAUGGUGGCGGCAGCAACCAUUGCCGCCGCUGGGCGCGUACUUCCAGUUCCCGAGGGGCAGUACCCGCUCCACAUGACGAUACCCGCGUCGGCAUGGCAGCCUCGCGAGACGGCAGGUUGGACAGCGGACGCUGCCGUCGAGAAAGGCGCUGAUGUUCCGAUGAGUGGCUUCUCCCCGCGGCCAACGGAUGGCCCCAGAUUCGGAAGUAUGGAUAUCUUCAGGCGGCAGGCCGCGACGCUGAACCCCAACGAGUGCGGUUUCUUGCCCAAUGGAGUCGCAUUUUCGUGCCCGGGCGAUGGAGCAUCUUGCAAGCACGAUGGCACGCAUCUGGGCUGCUGUCAAAAGGACGGGUCGUGCAAGUUCCGCGCAAAGACGUGUAUAGAUUACAAAGCGUCAGUAGGAGGAGCCUGUAACGGCAUCACUGACCCUGCAACGCGGUGCUGCUCCGAGUCCAGCAAUGCCUUCUGCUUCACACUCCAGUUCUCCACGAGCACGGAGCCAGGCAAAAUAAUAACCCUGCUCGACUGCCAGGCGAGCCCCGGCACGGGGAUCCUGUACAACAGCCCGCCACCCAGAACAACGAAGGCCAGCCCGACGAGCAAGAAAUCACCAACAAGCACGCAGCCCGCCAACUCAACGACCGGGUACGGGUCCGGCCCGACCAACCCCAGCGACGGCGACCGACCGGGGGAUCCAGAGCAGCAGCAGCAGCCAGCUCCGACCUCGUCCCCCAACACCAGCAAGGGCGUCAUUGCCGGCGGCGUCGUGGGGGGCGUCGCGUUUCUUGGCCUCAUCGGAGCCACUGUGCUUUUCCUAAUCCGGCGCAGGAAGGCACCCAAAACGCGAGCGUCGAACUCCGGCGGCGACACGUCCAUGCCCGGAGCUACGUAUCCGCCCACGAGUCCCUAUCAGACGCACCUGUCGGCUUCGUACGGUAGCCCGGCAGAUACCAAUACACCUUUUAGCGUGGAGCAGCAGCAGCAGCAGCAGCAGACGCAAAAACAGGGCUGGUACCCUCACUCCACCCAUAGUAGCGUGCAUGGCACUCCGCAGUCGACGACACCUAUGCAACAAGCUCACUCCCCAUAUCGACCACAUGUGGCUCCGGCAGAGCUAUACCAUCCGCACGUAAUCCACGAAUUGCCUGGCGACAGCCCGCCGCCUCGCCAAGGUACCAACACUACGUAAGAGGGAGGUGCUAUGGGGCCCUAAUUCUCAAUUUAUACUUUGUCCAGGAUAGAAAUCAUCAGCGCUGUUUACUUAACUCCUUUCUGACUACUGUACACUUUAACGGAAUAUGACAUGUCAGUUUAUUAGUUACUUUUGAUACCCACACAUGGAAUGUACAUGGGACGGACAGGGCCUCCCUAAAUUUUAAAGUUAUAGUCGAG